CUUGGACAGAAAACAUGCCGUCAAGUAAGAGACUGAAUAUCGCAAUUGUUUGCUCUAGUAAUCAGAACAGAAGUAUGGAAGCGCAUUCUUUUCUGAGCAAAAAAGGCUUCAUAGUCAAAUCUUUUGGAAUUGGAACAACAGUAAAGUUACCGGGACCCAGCUCAGACAAGCCCAAUAUUUAUGAUUUCUCGACUACCUACGACGAAAUGUACAAAGAUUUAUUCAGUCGAGAUCCCCAUCUGUACACACAAAACGGAAUAUUACACAUGCUUGACCGCAACAGAAGAAUUAAACCUAAACCAGAACAGUUUCAAAGAUGUUACGAACACUUUGAUUUGGUCAUAACGUGCGAGGAGAGAAUUUUUGACGAGGUCGUAUUGGAACUGCUAAGAAGAGAACAGACGGAGUAUAAGGCACUGCCGUGCCACGUUAUCAAUAUUGAUAUCAGUGAUAAUCAGGAAGACGCAACAAUUGGAGCUUUUAUGAUCUGCGAUCUCUGCUCUAUGAUGGAAGCCUCGGAAGAUUUGGAUUGCGAUAUCGAGAAUAUUUUACAGGCUUUUGAAACGAAGUCGAGGCGAAGUGUUCUUCAUGACAUUCUAUUUGCGUGAUGUGACCUUUAGAAAUUUGUUUGCAAAACGGUGUUGACCGAAAACACUGUUUUGGUGGAAUUUACCAGAGCAUGUUAUUGAUUUUGGAGCUAUUUAUUUAGGAGAUAAAUGAAAACUCUUCUAUCAGCUCAGAUUUUUGUUAGUAUAAUAGUUAACAUAACUUUUCUAUUCUGCUGAAACUGUGAUCUUUUCAAAAUUCAUUUGGUU